AUGUACUUUGUUCAGUUGGUUAUCUUAGGAGCGUUUGCCGCUCCUACUGCUUUGGCGCAGAAUAACGCUCCCAGCCAAGGAGACUGGGCUGAUGCUUACCGAAAAGCCAAUUCGUCCUUAGCCCAGCUCUCCUUAGAUGAAAAAAUCGGCAUCGUCACUGGCAAAGGCUGGAAUCUUCGUGGACCAUGCGUUGGCAAUACUCAUCCAGCGCAGUCAAUACGCUAUCCGUCCCUCUGCCUUCAGGACGGGCCACUGGGAACCCGAUGGGCCAAGGGGGCUGCGACAGCCUUCACUCCCGGCAUCAUGGCGGGAGCGACUUGGGAUAUCGACUUAAUUCGACAGCGCGGCCAGUAUAUCGGUGAGGAGGCUCGGGCAGCUGGAAUUCACGCCCAUCUAGGGCCUGUUGCCGGACCCCUUGGCAAGAUUGCUCGCGCUGGGCGUAACUGGGAGGGAUUUAGUGUCGAUCCGUACUUGCAGGGCAUUGCCAACGCUCACACGGUCGAGGGAGUCCAAAGCGCUGGGGUGCAGGCAGUGACCAAACAUGUCAUUGCCAACGAACAGGAGCUGCGCCGUAAAUCAAUCAGUUCAAAUGUCGACGAUCGUGUGAUCCAUGAACUAUACCUGUGGCCAUUUGCGGACGCCGUCCAUUCAAACACAGCGGCUAUCAUGUGUUCGUACAACAAAGUGAAUGGCACUUGGGCUUGCGAGGAUGACCACACCCUAAAUAGACUGCUCAAGGAUGAGCUCGGGUUCCAGGGCUACAUCAUGACCGACUGGGAUGCUCAGCACUCCACUGACAAGGCAGCGAUGAGUGGACUCGAUAUGUCCAUGCCCGGCAGCAGCGAGAGUGGCGAAAAUGUCUUUUGGGGGCGCCAACUGAAAGAGGCCGUGGAGAAAGGAGUGGUUCCGGCCAAGCGCGUUGACGACAUGGUUCGCCGCAUACUAGCUGCUUGGUACCUCGUAAAGCAGGACCAGAACUUCCCGCCGGUCAACAUCACUGCGGAAGUGAAGGGAGACCACAGCAGGAACGUGCGAGCCGUGGCUCGUGAUGGCAUCGUCCUGCUUCUAAAUAAGGGGAGUAUUCUACCACUUAAGCGACCGGGUUCGCUUGCCAUCGUCGGGUCCGCUGCUGUGACUAACCCGGAAGGAGCUAAUGCCUGUGAAGAUCGUGCUUGCAACAAAGGCGCUCUUGGUAUGGGAUGGGGGUCAGGAACGGCGGAUUACCCAUACUUUAUUAGCCCCCACGAUGCCAUGAAAAACCGGGCGGAAAAUGAACAUACGAAGGUCACCCUCAGCGCGUCUGAUGAUUCCUCUCAAGGCGCUAACGCUGCCAAGGGUAAGGACAUAGCUAUCGUUGUGAUCACGUCCGACUCAGGGGAGGAAUACAGUGUCGUACCUGACAGUGAAACCAAGGACGGUGACCGGAACCAUUUGGACCCUUGGCAUGGUGGCAACGAGCUGGUGCAAGCCGUGGCAGCUGCUAACCCAAACACCAUCGUUGUGGUCCACAGCGUUGGGCCAAUAAUUCUUGAGAAGAUUUACGAUGCACCGGGGGUCAAAGCCAUUGUGUGGGCUGGCCUCCCCAGUUCCGAGAAUGGAAAUGCCUUAGUGGACAUCCUGUACGGUGAAACCUCGCCCUCAGGGAAGCUUCCGUAUACCAUUGCCAAGUCCGAAUCCGAUUAUCCCGCCAAAAUAGUAGAUGGAGAGAAUGAUGACUUCGAUGAGGGCUUGUAUAUUGAUUAUCGUCACUUUGAUCACAAGGAGAUCGAGCCACGAUUCGCAUUUGGAUUUGGCCUCUCAUAUACCAAUUUCUCCUAUAGCAAUGUCCAGGUGACAUCUGCAGCCAGGUCUGGACCUGCCUCUGGGGAUAUCGUCCCUGGUGGUCGGUCGGACCUAUGGGAGGAUGUCGCCACAGUUUCAUGCACUGUGACGAACAAAGGCUCGGUGUCAGGCGCCGAAGUCGCGCAGCUGUACAUCGGUUUGCCAUCGAGUGCGCCAAAAGCUCCGCCUAAACAGCUGCGUGGUUUCUUUAAGCUAAAGCUGAAACCGGGUGAAAGUGGCACAGCAACCUUCAAGCUACGACGCCGCGAUCUGAGCUAUUGGGACGUUAAAUCCCAAGAAUGGGUGUUGCCUGACGGUACCUUCAACGUCUAUGUCGGGGCAAGUUCUCGCGACAUAAGGUUAUUGGGAACCAUCGCAGCGGCCGGCACCAGCGCGUUUUCAAGCAUUCAGGCAGAGACUCAUUCGUCCAGCAAUGGGACAAGUACACAAGAGACCUCUGAUGCAGGUGGUGGUAAAAACGUCGGCUGGAUUCAUCGAGGCAAUUGGCUGAGAUACGACCAGAUCGAAUUUGGCAACGAUGGAGCCACCCGGGUCACCGUGCGCGUCGCUUCUGGAGCCCGGAGUGAUAUUCGCGGUGAGGUCCAUAUUUCUCUCGACAGUCCGAGUGCAGCCCCGAUUUGCAGCAUUCCAGUCUCAAAUACGGGCGGUUGGCAAAGCUGGACAUCUUUAUCGGCCAAUAUAGCCGCCGUGACAGGAAAACAUACCGUCUACCUGACUUUCUCCAGUGACCAAGACUCUGAUUUCAUCAAUGUUAACUGGUUCAUAUUUUCUAAGUAG